CCAUGGCACAGGCAGGUUAUGGAGUAGCCUGGAUGCAGGUAGUGAUUUCAUGUGGCCUGCACCAGCUGACUGAAAGGGUCCAGGAGCAAGAAAGAGAACAGAGGAUCUUUGUCACUUUACUGCGACUUGUGGAGUGAAUUAAGUUCUGUGCAGGAUCAACAACCAGUGCCCUUUGGAAUAAAGUCAGAAUAUUACUGCAAACCUUACAGCAGGCGGAGCUUGGACUGUCAUCCCAACAUUUACAGCACUGAGCAGGACAGCAUCAGAGGCGGGACAGGACAGAGAAGGAGGCAGAUUAUUCUCAGCGCCAACCUUUUGACAGCAUGAAUCCGGGGAAGGCCCGUCCAGAGGUGCGCCUGACAAAGAUUGGCAGCAACAGGCGGAGCAUGUCUUGUUAAUAACACAAGGAAAAUUAUUCACCAGGAAAUGCAAGCCAACCUAUUAGUAGGGUUAGUCUAAAGACCCAUGAAACAUAACCAGUUAAGGCCAGAGUGGAUUCCGAUGGAGAUUGCUAUCAAGUCAGAAUAGUACAUUGUCUGACUCAAGGAGGAAGAGCUAAACAAUGAAUCUCAUGGCAAGAGCUUUAUACGAUAACGUUCCAGAAUGUGCAGAAGAGUUAUCAUUCCGAAAAGGUGAUAUCCUAACAGUUAUUGAGCAGAACACUGGGGGUCUAGAAGGAUGGUGGCUCUGCUCAUUACAUGGACGGCAAGGCAUUGCGCCAGGAAACCGACUGAAGCUUCUCAUCGGCCCUGUGUCAGAUACUUCCAAACAAGACAUUCCCAAACAAGAAGCAUCACCUCAAUCCUGUUACCAACAUCAGAUCUACCAAGUGCCACAGAGUUCUAUACAAGAUGCUAUCUACCAGGUGCCACCAUCUCACCACAGUCCAGCUAUUUUUAUGGCCUACCGCGGUCAAGAUUUAGAAGACAUAAAGCAAGGUCCUCAAUUUUUGGAAACUAUGGAGGGUUCUCCAGGCAGCAAAGUCAUGACCCCAAAUAGGAUGGGUCAAGGAUGCAGUUAUGAAUCUUCUCCCAAGUGGCAGACAAAUGUCUAUGAUAUCCCUCCUGCUCGACCUCAGGGGGUGUAUGAUGUCCCACCGGUUGCAAAAAAUAGCAUGUAUUUAAGUCCAUCCAGGGAUCAAGGGAUUUAUGAUGUUCCUCCUUCACAAGGGAUCUACAACAUCUUACCAUCUACUAAAGAUAAAGCAUAUGACUUUCCGCAAUCAACAAAACAGCGUCCUGAGGCAACUUAUGACACUCUGCCACCAAGUUCUAAAGCCUGCCAAGAACAGUGCAGGAAAAUGAAUGGAGUCAACCAGUUUCAUUCUGAGGUCAUUUCAAGAAAACCCAGCUUAUAUGAUUUCCCUCGCAACCAGCACAGUCAUCCAUCAACAGAUGAUUACGACUUUCCGCGAGGAGUUCACAUCUCCGGGGAGACAGAGGGCUUUGUAUCAGAAGACCAGGAAGGAAUUUAUGAUUUCCCACCACAGGUACAACAGGACUGUAAAGGAAUGCAGGAUGUAACUGAAGGUGUAAAUAGACUGUCAUUUUCUAGUACUGGAAGCACUAGAAGCAACAUGUCUACAUCAUCCACAACUUCCAAGGAAUCCUCUGUGGCAUCCUCACCCUCUCAGGACAAAAAACUCCAAAUGGACCCAGAUUCUGCCAUAGAAUUACUGUUGAGACUUCAGCAAAUGGUGGAAAUAUCGGUUUCUAAACUAUUGACUUUUGUCAAUGCCGAAUGGCGCUCACAUGUUUACAUGGAGAGACAUGUUAAUGAAAUUCAUUCUGCUGUAGACAAAGUACAGCAAUCUUUGUAUGAGUUUCUCCACUUCUCUAAAGGGGCUACCACCAAUGCCUCUUGUGUGCCAGAGCCUGGUCUUUAUAAUAAAAUGAAAAGGGAGUUGCAGAGACUGGAUGAUUCUCAUCAGAUCUUGGCCCAGACCAGCCAGGAUCUCAGCAACUGCAACUGGUCAGCCAAUGUUCUUGCUUACAAUAAAGCCACCAGCAAGUGUGACAGCCUGGAACGGUUUGUCAUGGUAGCUAGGACCAUCGUAGACGAUGCUAAACAGCUAACCACCACUGUCAGUGUUAAUGCAGAACAUUUAUUUAGGCAAGCUACUGCUAAUAUCCAUAAUAAAAGACCUUCAGAUUCUAUCAACGGUGCUCAGAUUAUACCACUAAAUAAUAUGCAAGCAUCGCCACAAAUAGUAAAAGACCAUAUUCCUAAUUACAAGAGUCGGGAUGGUUCAAUGAGAAGUUGGAUGGAUGACUAUGAUUAUGUCCAUUUACAGGGGAAAGAAGAAUUUGAACGUCAUCAGAGAGAACUUUUAGAAAAGGAAAACAUCAUCAAGCAUGGAAAACCACAACUGGAGCAACACCAGCUGAGUCAGUUCCAGCAGCUGGAGCAAGAGAUUACAACACCAAUGGAAAAUGAUAUCUCAAAGUGGAAGUCACCUCAUAGCGUUCCUGCCGAGAACAGUACCCUGACUCCUCAAGAUAAGCAGCUCCUCUCUUUCUACUCUGAGCAGUGUGAGACACUCUUCAUUUCCCUGCUAAAUUCAAUUGAUGCCUUCUUCAGCUGCAUGGGCACUGCCCAGCCUCCCAGGAUUUUUGUUGCCCACAGUAAAUUUGUCAUAUUAAGUGCACAUAAACUGGUGUUCAUUGGAGAUACUCUGUCAAGACAAGUUUCUACAAAGGAAUUCUGCCACAGACUGAUGAAUUCUAGUAACCAAUUGUGUGAACUACUUAAAAAUAUUGUAAUGGCCACUAAAAUGGCUGCCUUGAACUAUCCAAGCUCUGCAUCGUUGCAGGAAAUGGUGGACCGGGUCACAGAACUAUCUAAUCAUGCACAGCUUUUCAAACUUUCUUUGGCUCAAAUGGCCUCCUUAUGAAACACACAAAAUACAUUAUAGUUGUGUAUAUAUAUAUAUUGUCAAUGACUAGGAAUUCAGAGUGUUUAUGUAAAUAUAACAUUAUAUUUUUGUAGAAUUUUUAUUGUUUUAACAAAAAGAACAAAUAUGUUUAUUGGUUAGACAAUGUUGUUUAGACCAACAGUCCUGCUUAUUGACAUACAAUGAUGCUGCCAUAUCUCUUACGGUAUGUCACUCAAAACAAUAAGGGGGAGAGUUAUCAAAGCUUGGAAAGAGAUAAAAUGGAGAGAGAUAUAAUACCAACCAAUCAGAUCCUAACUGUCAUUUUUCAGACACAUCCUCUAAAACAGGGGUUCUCAAACUCGGUCCUCAGGACCCCACACAGUGCAUGUUUUGCAGGUAACCCAGCAGGUGCACAGGUGUAUUAAUUACUCACUGACCCAUUUUAAAAGGUCCACAGGUGGAGCUAAUUAUUUCACUUGUGAUUCUGUGAGGAGACCUGCAAAACAUGCACUGUGUGGGGUCCUGAGGACCGAGUUUGAGAACCUGUGCUCUAAAAUGACCAAAGCUGAUUGGUUGGUACUUUAUUUCUCCACUUACAAUAUAUCUCUCCAAGCUUUGAUAAAUCUACCCCUAUGCACCUUAUGUCACGUAUAUAAAAUAAUGAACCUUUUACAGACCUGUACUGUAGUGUAUCUCUACGAAUGUACUGUAUUUACUAAGAUUAUGCAGAGAAUAUACAAAAGAUGACCACACAUUAUAAAUUGACUUUACUGGGCCAGUGUUUAAAUGUUGAUGUUUUUUCUUCCACAAAAAUAUUGGUAUCAUCAUCUGGAAGAGCUGUAGAAAAAAAUCUUUUACUAAUACUAACAUGUAGUAUCAAAUGAUAUUGGAAAGUACAUUGUGGGGUAACAGUUCUAAUUUGUAAAAUAUCAAAGUAAUGUUUAUGAGAUAAUGGGUUAAACAUGUUUUAUGUAACAUCAAUAAUGCAAAACAUGAUUCUUCUGGAAA